AUGAAAGACGACGAGGUCACCUCGGCUUCACCUGGCGGGGACACCGAGACGGCCAAGCCUACACUCGAGACCAUCGAACAUGCUUCACCUUCCGGUCACAAUCACCGACUCGAUGCCGCUGCCGAGCUCCUCCGUAAGACGCAAGAUGCCGACGGCGGCGCCCGAAUCAUUGUCACCGCUGAGGAUAAUCGACACGUGCUGCGACGCAUCGAUAUGGUUAUCCUCCCCAUAAUGCUCACUGUCUACUUCUUACAAGGUCUCGAUAAGGCAACAUUGGCAUACGCGUCUGUCUUUGGACUGAUUGAGGAUACGGGUCUUGACCCGAACUCGGAAGAAUAUAGUUGGCUGGGAUCGAUUGUCUACCUUGCGCAGUUGAUCAUGCAGCCGCUGUUGGCAUGGCUCCUCGUCAAGUUGCCAAUUGGCAAGUUCACCAGUGUCAUGGUGCUGUGUUGGGGCGCGACGCUGUCCUGCAUGGCCGCUGCCCACAACUUUGGGGGAUUGGUGACCACGCGGUUUUUCCUCGGUGCUUUCGAGGCCGGCGUAGCGCCCAGCUUUGUUGCUAUCACUCAAAUGUGGUGGCGCCGAAGAGAGCAGACUGUCCGAGUGUCCUACUGGUAUGCUAUGAAUGGUGUUACCAAUAUGUUUGGCAGUCUCAUUACCUACGGGUUAGGUCACAUCUCUUCCAGCCUAAAGCCAUACCAGAUCAUCUUUCUCUUCUUCGGUGUGAUCACCGUUGCCUUCUCGUUUGUCAUGUUUGCAUUCAUGCCAGACUCGCCGGUUGAGGCCAAGUUUUUGAAGGAUCACGAGAAGCUCAUUGCUAUCGAGCGUCUAAGGAUGAAUCAGAUGGGGGUCAUGUCUCGGGAAUGGCGGUGGGAUCAUUUGAAGGAGAGUUUGAUCGACCUGAAGACGUGGUGCUGGUUUGCCUUACUCUUUUCGAUCUCUAUUCCUUCCGGGGGCAUAUCGACAUUUGGCCCGCUCAUUGUGAAGUCCUUCGGUUUCGAUUCAUUCCAGACUAUCCUCUUCAACAUUCCAUUUGGCGCCGUGCAACUGAUUGCUACCAUCGGCGGUGCGUUCCUGGCGCGUGGGUUGAAGAAAAAAGGCCCCGUCAUCGUGCUGCUGUGCAUUCCGCCUAUUAUCGGAUGCAUCAUUCUCAUGGUCACCUCACAUACAGCAGAACACAAAGCAGCUUUGCUAGUAGGCUACUACUUGAUAUCGGUCUACCCAGGCAUCACGCCUCUCAUCUAUGCCUGGUCCGCCCAGAACACUGCCGGUGACACCAAGCGUAAGUGUACUAGCGCGAUCAUGUUCAUCGGCCAGAGCACGGGUAAUGUUGUCGGACCACUCCUAUAUACGACGGCUGAGAAGCCUGGCUAUCAUCGUGGUUUGCGCAGUAAUCUUGCUCUUUACAUCGUUAUCGUGCUUUUGUGCGUGAUCACGAGUGUUUACCUAUUUGCUCUCAACAAGGCGCAUGCGAGACGGCGUGUUGCUUUGGGCAAGAGUGCAAUCAUUGUGGACGAGAGCUUGGAUGCACCGGAGGAGAUCGAGAGAAGACGGGCGGCCCAAGCUGCGACGGGCCAAAGCAAUAGUACAGAGGGGGCCGCCAUUGCCGGGGACAGCAGAGUCGGCGAGCGGGCUUUCGAGAACUUGACGGACCUGAAGAAUGAGGAGUUUGUAUUCGUAUACUGA